AUGAGUGUGGACGGUGGCAAGAACAGGCGUUGUGGCAUGGACGUGUGCGAACGCGUGGGGACAGACAGCGUCGUCAGCGGGCGCAACGGCCCGCUCAAGAGCAGCAAGCCACCAGAGACUGCCAAAGUGUCGCACACGGCAGCUGGCGACGUUGAAGGAGGACUGCACGUGUCGCCUCUAACCCAAAGUGAAGGGUACGGCGAGCACGAGGAAGGCUGUGAGAUCAAGGACGGCUUCAAUUGGCGAUUUGCUCGUCUCUGA